AUGCCCUCGCACCAUUUUAACACGCUGAAAGACAUCCCGGAUCUAUCCGGAAAGGUGAUCUUGGUCACAGGAGGCAAUAUAUCAGGCACUUCGGGUGUGGGAGCAGAAACAGUCAAACAGCUCGCAGUCCACAGUCCAAGCAAAAUAUUCUUCACUGGUCGCAAUGUAAAAGCUGCCAACAGUCUCAUAGAGUCCAUGAAGCUUGUCAAUCCACAAGUGCAGAUCCGCUUCAUUCCGUGCGACCUGUCAGAUUUGAGUUCAGUUCGUCAAGCGAGCAACAGAAUCGCUGCCAAAGUAUCACGGAUUGACUUGUUCUUUUGCAAUGCUGGUGUCAUGGCAUCACCGGCUGGUUUGAGCAAAGACGGCUAUGAGCAACAAUUUGCAACAAAUCAUCUUGGUCAUGCUUUGUUAAUCGAUCUCUUGAUGCCAGUACUGCAAGACACGGCAGCUUUACAUGGGUCUGAUGUACGAAUCAUCAUCACAACGUCACAAGCUGCUUCGACGCCAUUGCUACCAAAGCGCGGGAUCGAUUUCAGCUCUCUCAAGACAGAACAGAGGAUGUUAGCAGGACGAUGGCGGCGUUAUGCACAGUCGAAACUUGCGAACAUGCUGUAUGCCAAAGCCUUGAAUCGUCAAUAUCCCUGUGUCACUACCGUUUCAGUACAUCCUGGAAUUGGCUAUACAGGGUUACAGGACAACUUGAAUGUACUUGACCGGUUUGUCAUGUGGGCUACCACGAUAGGCAAGCGAAGUUCAGUAAAGCAACUUGCCUGGAACGGAUUGUGGGCCGCCACGGCUCCAAGAGGGCCGGCAAAAGGACAAGUACAAGGAGGAGAGUACUAUGAGCCCGUGGGUGUGCGACCAAAACCGACCAAGCACCACAACAACACAGCUUUGGAGGACGAGUUAUGGGACUGGACGCAAGAACAGCUAGAGGCCUGGGAGCUCAAAGCAGGAUUAAAGGUACGGCACUCUUUUUCUUCUUCGCAACACUCAUGA